UCUCGGGGGAGCGCGCAUGCUCAACGCACUCAGUAGCAGGCCCAGCCAUGGCCCCGCUUUGGUUUGCUCUCCUCGCGCGCAAAGGGCAGCCGAAGUGGCUCCUCCGUAGCGGCGGCUCUGGGCGGCUGCGUAGCAGCGCGGCGGAAGCCAGCGGCGACAGACACCACCUAAUAUACACCCCGGAGCAUUUCGCCCUGAGAGCGUCUCUGAGAAAGAUUAUUGACAAAGAAAUUAACCCAUUUGUGGACCAAUGGGAAAAAGAGGGCCAGUUUCCAGCACAUCAAGUGUUCAAAUCUCUGGGGAAAGCUGGAUUCCUUGGAGUGAAUAAGCCAACUGAAUAUGGUGGCCUGGGCUUGGACUUUUCCUACAGCAUAGCAGUGGCAGAAGAGCUGGGAAAUAUUCACUGUGGAGGUGUCCCCAUGGCCAUUGGGGUGCAAAGUGACAUGGCUACUCCAGCCCUCGCAAGAUUUGGAUCUGAUGAGCUGAAACAACAGUUUCUUGCCCCAACUAUUGCAGGAGAUGUGGUGGCUUGUUUAGGGGUCAGUGAGCCUGAGGCAGGCUCAGAUGUUGCUGGUAUCAAGACCAAAGCUGUAAGGAAAGGGGAUGAUUAUGUUGUAAACGGUGGGAAAAUGUGGAUUACUUCUGGUUGUCAAGCUGAUUGGAUGUGCCUGUUGGCAAACACGAGUGAUGGACCACCCCACAGAAAUAAAUCUCUUCUGUGUCUGCCAAUGAAGUUACCAGGUGUUCAUGUUGCUAAGAAAAUAGACAAGAUUGGCAUGAGGUCAUCAGACACAGCCCAGAUAUUUUUUGAAGACGUCAGAGUUCCCAGUGGAUACCUCAUUGGGGAAGAAGGAAUGGGUUUUACGUACCAGAUGUUGCAAUUCCAAGAGGAGCGUCUGUGGGCUGCCGCCAACAUUCUGGCACCACUUGAAAAUGUGAUACAGGAAACCAUUGAUUAUACUCGCCAGCGUAAGACGUUCAACCAGCCAAUACUUUCUAACCAAACAGUGCACUUUCGUCUGGCUGAAUUAGCCACUGAGUUGGAGCUCCUUCGUUCCUUGGUGUACCAAGCUGUUGUUCUUUAUGUACAAGGCAAUGAUGUGACCAGAUUGGCAUCCAUGGCUAAACUAAAGGCAGGACGUCUCGCUCGGGAACUAACAGACAGUUGUCUUCAGUUCUGGGGAGGAAUGGGAUUCACUAAUGAGGUGUUAGUGAGCAGAUUGUACAGGGAUUCAAGAUUGUUAUCAAUAGGAGCUGGUUCUGAUGAAGUCAUGCUUUCCAUUAUAUGCAAGUAUAUGCAGAUCUUACCCAAAAAGUAGCACCUAUGAAUCACAGGUUUGCUCAUAUUUUAAUAAGCUACACCAAGUGAAUUGUCUUCUUGGGGAAAUGAUAUACAAUACAGCAAUUCUGAAAGUCAAUAAACUUGAAUUUGAUUAAUGUUCAUGUUGCAGGACUCUUGCCUUACUUACAGACAAACAGCACGAUCAGAUGGUUUCUCUUUCCACAAGCACACCAUGGCCCAUUGCUGACUCUAGCAGACGAGGAUGUGGCCUAUUUGUAACUAGCUUAUUCUUACAAAGAUAAAUUGGUAGUCUGUUACAUCUCGCACAGAAGUACCUCAUCUUUUGUACUCUGCUUAUAAGACAUACUGGUCCAAGCUAUAUUAACCCACAAGCCCUAGACUAUUGCAUUGUAGUCUAUGAGGAGCUGCCCUUGAAGACAACUUGGAAACUGCAAUUAGUCCUAAAUGCAGAAACACAAUUACUGACUAGAGCUAAUUGCCUUGUACUCUUUACACCUAUUUUGAAGUUCUUUUAUCAUUAGCUUGUUUCCUAGUUCAGUUCAAGGUGCCAGGUCUAACCUUUAAAGCUCUUCACAGCCUAGGCCCCUCAUUCUGUCUUGUCUUUAACUUUGAGAUCUGUUAAAACUGCUAUCACUCUAUCUCAAGUCUUUUACUAUGGCUGUUCUCACAUUCUAGAACAGCCUCUCUGUGGUUGGGAAGGUGCUUACACUCACAAUUUUUAAAAAGAGAUGCAAAAUGGGAACUGUGGAAGAGCAUUUAAGGGCAGUUAAAUGAAACUGAGGCUCAGUUUAUCCUGUUAUGGUUCUAUUUAUUGUUUCAGUAAUUUAUACUAAUUUUCUUGUUUAUAAGCUGCUCUGGGUCCUUUUUAGGCUAUGAGUGUAUUUUACAUAAAUAAAACAUCUAGAAGUUG